CCGGGCCGGCGCGAGGGGCCGACCAGAGACUGUGAGACGAGCCCCGCCCGCACCCCGCGAAGCAGCUCUACGCUCGACACUUCCUCCUCACGCAGGUGGGGCCAUGCACCGUGUGGUGGGAGCCGUCCUAAGGCGGCCGGCACGGCUGGACGGAGCUGUGCCCGCCCGCGCCAAGCACGACGACGCCAAGGGGAAGGUGAUCGCCAUCCGGCGCGAGGACCAGUCCGUGUGGGAGCGGAGGGCGCCCCUCGCGCCGGCCAACGUGAGGCGGCUAACGCGCGCCGGCGUCAGGGUCCUGGUGCAGCCGUCCAACAGGCGGGCCUACCCCAUGCUGGCGUACCAGGCGGCCGGCGCGGUGCUGCAGGAGGACAUCUCGGAGGCGUCGGUGAUCUUCGGAGUGAAGCAGGUGCCCGUGGACCAGCUGCUGCCCAGCAAGACGUACUGCCUCUUCUCGCACACCAUCAAGGCCCAGGAGGCCAACAUGCCCCUGCUGGACGCCAUCCUCGAGAAGAACAUCCGGCUGAUCGACUACGAGAAGCUGAUGGACGAGUCGGGCCAGCGCGUGGUGGCCUUCGGCAAGCACGCCGGCCUCGCGGGCAUGGUGAACAUCCUGCACGGCCUGGGGCUGCGCCUGCUGGCGCUUGGGCACCACACGCCCUUCAUGCACAUCGGGCCGGCGCACAACUACCGCAACUCCUCGAUGGCGCGGCAGGCCAUCAGGGACGCGGGCUACGAGAUCGCGCUGGGCAUGAUGCCCCAGUCGGUGGGGCCACUCACGUUCGUGUUCACGGGCAGCGGGAACGUGUCGCAGGGCGGGCAGGAGCUGUUCCAGGAGCUGCCCCAUGAGUACGUGCCUCCGGAGAUGCUGAGGAAGGUCGCCGAGCACGGAGUUCCCACGAAGAUCUACGGCUGUGAAGUGCGCAGACGACAUCACUUGGAGCGGAAAGAGGGGGGAGGGUUUGACCCGGAAGAGUACGAUCAGUUUCCGUCCAGAUACAUCUCCACGUUCAGCAAGAAGAUUGCACCGUACGCCUCCGUCAUCAUCAACGGCAUCUACUGGGCCGUGGACUCGCCCAAGCUGCUGACCAUCCCGGACGCCAAGUACCUGCUCCGGCCGGCCAACACGCCGUGGAUCGCCACGUCGGAGGGGGCGCCCGCUCUGCCCCACCGCAUGCUGGCCAUCUGCGACAUCAGCGCCGACCCGGGCGGCUCCAUCGAGUUCAUGAACGAGUGCACCACCAUCGACACCCCCUUCUGCCUGUACGAUGCCGACCGCAACAAGGACACCAAGAGCUUCAAAGGCCCCGGCGUGCUGGUGUGCUCCAUCGACAACAUGCCGACGCAGCUGCCGCGCGAGUCGACCGACUUCUUCGGGGACCUGCUGUUCCCGUACGCUCUGGACAUCCUCCAGUCGGAGGCUGCGGUGCCCCUGGACCAGCACAGCUUCACACCCGCCGUGCACGGGGCGAUAAUAGCAAGCAACGGAAAACUGACACCAAACUUUGAAUACAUUCAAGAGCUGAGAGCAGCAAGCUACCGCAACCGGCACAAGGCGUUCCCCACGGAGGAGAGCGCGCGCAAGGUGCUGGUGCUGGGGGCGGGCUACGUCAGCGCGCCCGUGGUGGAGUACCUGCACCGCGAGAGCAACGUGCACAUCACCGUGGCGGCAGCGCUCAAGGACGAAGCGGACGCCAUCGCCUCGUCGUUCGAGCGCGGGGUGGAGCCGGCGCUGCUGGACGUGACGGAGCGGCCCGACAGCCUGCAGGAGCUGGUGUCGGCGGCGGACGUGGUGGUGUCCCUGCUGCCCCGCUCCCUGCACGCCCUGGUGGCCCGCGUCUGCAUCCAGCAGGGCGUGCACAUGGUCACCGCGUCCUACUGCACGCCCGAGAUGCAGGAGCUGCACGCCAGCGCGGUGGACGCGGGCGUGACGGUCGUCAACGAGGUGGGGCUGGACCCGGGCAUCGACCACCUGCUGGCCAUGGAGUGCUUCGACGAGGUGCACCAGGCGGGCGGCAAGGUCGAGUCCUUCGUCUCCUACUGCGGAGGUCUGCCGGCCCCGGAGUUCUCGGACAACGCUCUGCGCUACAAGUUCAGCUGGAACCCAUUGGGCGUGCUGCAGAACACGCUUAGCACGGCCAAGUACCUCCACCGAGGAGAGGAAGUGACGGUGCCGGACGGCGGCCAGCUGAUGGAGGAGGCGCGGCCGCUCCACUUCCUGCCCGGCUUCUCGCUGGAGGGCUUCCCCAACAGGGACUCCACCGUGUACGCCGACCGCUACGGCAUCGCCAAGGAGGCCCACACCGUGAUCAGGGGCACCCUGCGCUUCCAAGGUUUCUGCGACACGGUGCGAGGCAUGCAGAGGCUGGGGCUGUUCGACUGCACCCCCCACCCCGCGCUGCACCCCAAGGGUCCGGACAUCACCUGGCGGCAGCUGAUAUGCACCCUGAUUGGCCUGAGCGAUUCCACCAUCUUCUACGAGAACCUCAAGAGCAAGCUGCAGCAGAUCAUGGGGGGCGAGGGCUGGAGGAGGGUGGACGCUCUGGAGAGCCUGGGCUUGCUGGAGGACGACCCGGUGCGCAAGAAGAACACCCCUGUGCUCACCAUCAGCCACUUCCUGUCCAAGAGGCUGGCCCUGGAGAAGACGGACCGAGACCUGGUGGUGCUGAGGCACGACGUCGGCAUCCUGUGGCCGGACGGGCGGCGCGAGAGCCGAGGCAUCAGCAUGGUGUCGUACGGCGAGCCGGGCCGCUCCGCCAUGUCCCGGGCCGUGGGCGUCCCCACGGCCAUCGCCGCCAAGAUGGUGCUGGACGGCGAGAUCCAGCAGAAAGGGAUGACGCUGCCCUUCACGCCAGACAUCUACAGGCCGUUGCUGUCUCGCCUCAGGGCGGAGGGCUUGGAAACAAAGGAGAAGUCAAGAUUCCUCUGAUGUCAUCCCUCAACAACAACCCUUUACAUCAACAACUGUACAAAUAAUAUGAAAAUAUGUAUACCACCAA